AAGGCCUUUCAUUCCCCAUGACUAUUAGGUCUCUCUCCCUCUAUAAAUAACUCACAUAUAUGAGUUGUGGUUUAUUGAGUUAUGAACUGUCUCUAUAUUUGUUCAGUGUUUAAUAGCAUAGCAACAAAAGGGUAGUUCAGAAAAUACUUGAGGAAAAGUUGUCAGAUAUCAUGACUACGAAGAGUAAAACGAUGAUACAAAAGAAAAGCUACGGUUCUUUUCGGUCAAUUUUCAUGCAUGCCGAUAAAGCCGAUAUUUUGUUGAUGACAUUAGGAUCUUUGGGGGCGGUUAGUGACGGUGUUUCCUUGCCGGUGAUGCUCUUAGUCAUGAGCAAACUCAUGAAUAAUCUUGGUGGUUCUGAUACUUCUAACACCGAUAAUUUCACUCACCAUAUCAAUGAGAAUGCUUUGGUUCUGGUUUACCUUGCCUGUGGACAAUGGGUCGCGUGUUUCUUAGAGGGAUUUUGUUGGACAAGAACAGCAGAGAGGCAAGCGUCAAGGCUACGAAUAAGAUACUUAAAAGCAGUUCUAAGACAGGAUGUAGGAUACUUUGAUCUACACGUGGCAAGCACGGCCGAUGUCAUUGCUAGUGUCUCCAGUGACAGUCUUGUAAUUCAAGACUGCAUUAGUGAAAAGGUUCCAGUUUUCUUGAUGAACGUAGCAACAUUUAUUGGGUCCUACGUGGUAGGAUUCUUGAUGAUAUGGAGGCUGGCAAUAGUGGGAUUUCCUUCUAUUAUUCUCCUAGUGAUUCCGGGUCUUAUGUAUGGGAGGGCUCUUAUGGACAUAGCCAGAAAAAUAAGGGACGAAUAUGGCAAAGCUGGAACUAUUGUGGAGCAAGCAAUUUCUUCUGUAAGAACAGUAUAUUCUUUUGUGGGAGAAAGCAAAACUAUAGAAGAAUACUCUACUGCUCUUCAAGGAACUGUAGAUUUGGGAUUAAAGCAAGGUUUAGCAAAAGGAUUAACUAUUGGAAGUAAUGGCAUAGUUUUUGCAAUUUGGUCCUUCAUGUCUUAUUAUGGUAGCAGAAUGGUCAUGUACAAUGGAGCAAGUGGUGGCACCGUUUUUGCCGUCGGCGCUGCAAUUGCUAUUGGCGGACUAUCACUGGGUUCUGGUUUGUCCAACGUGAAGUAUUUUUCCGAAGCAAGUGCAGCUGGUGAACGCGUAAUGGAAGUGAUUAAACGGGUACCAAAAAUAGACUCUGACAAUAUGGAGGGCCAAACACUGGGUAACAUAACGGGGGAAGUGGAAUUCAAACACGUUGAAUUCGCAUACCCGUCGAGGCCUGAAAGCAUAAUUUUGAAAGAUUUUAACUUAAAAGUGCCAACGGGUAAAACAGUGGCGUUAGUGGGAGGAAGUGGGUCGGGCAAGUCGACAGUAAUAGCAUUGCUGCAGAGAUUUUAUGACCCGCUUGCAGGAGAGAUUCUUGUUGAUGGAGUCGCUAUUGAUAAGUUGCAGCUUAAGUGGCUAAGGUCUCAAAUGGGUCUAGUGAGUCAAGAGCCUGCACUUUUUGCGACUACAAUUAAAGAAAAUAUACUUUUUGGGAAGGAGGAUGCAUCUGACGAACAAGUCAUUGAGGCUGCCAAAGCUUCUAAUGCUCAUAAUUUCAUUAGUCAGUUGCCUCAGGGUUAUGAUACCCAGGUGGGAGAGAGAGGUGUACAAAUGUCGGGGGGACAGAAGCAGAGGAUAGCUAUAGCAAGAGCCACAAUCAAGUCACCUAGAAUACUCCUCCUAGACGAGGCAACCAGUGCACUCGAUUCUGAAUCAGAACGAGUGGUGCAGGAAGCUCUAGACAAGGCCGCUGUUGGCCGCACUACAAUCGUCAUCGCCCAUCGCCUUUCCACUAUUCGUAAUGCUGACCUUAUUGCCGUAGUCCAAAAUGGCCAAGUCAAAGAAAUCGGCUCACACGAUGAGCUAAUUGAAAAUGAAGACGGACUAUACACUUCCUUAGUCCGUCUUCAACAAACUGAAAAACCCAGUGAUGAAAUACCCAUUGUACCUACAAAUAAAAAUUUAAAUUCUGGAUUUGUCUCUGACCAUGCUAAAAAUACAAGCAGCCGAAGGCUUUCGAUUAUGAGCAGGUCGAGUUCAGCUAACUCGGCUGCGCAAAGCCGUAGAGUGGAAAAUGCAACAAUUUCCAGUACUACAGAACAAGUAUUUCCAGUGCCUUCAUUUAAAAGGCUAUUGGCAAUGAAUUUGCCAGAAUGGAAGGAGGCAACGUUGGGAUGCAUAGGAGCAAUAUUAUUUGGUGGAGUUCAACCACUGUAUGCUUUUGCAAUGGGGUCAAUGAUAUCUGUCUAUUUCUUGCCAAGUCAUGAUGAAAUUAAGGAGAAGACUAAGAUAUAUUCUCUGUGUUUCCUGGGGCUGGCAUUCUUUUCCCUUUUUGUCAAUGUACUUCAGCAUUAUAAUUUUGCAGCCAUGGGAGAGCAAUUGACUAAAAGGGUCCGGGAGAGGAUGUUAUCCAAGAUGCUUACUUUUGAAAUUGGGUGGUACGACAAGGACGAGAAUUCCACCGGUGCUGUUUGCUCUAGACUUGCCAAGGAUGCCAAUGUGGUGAGGUCUUUGGUUGGGGAUAGGAUGGCAUUACUCAUUCAAACAAUCUCAGCGGUGACUAUAGCUUGCACCAUGGGCCUAGUUAUCGCAUGGAGACUUGCAUGGGUCAUGAUCGCGGUCCAGCCUCUCAUCAUAGUGUGCUACUAUUGCAAGAGAGUGCUAUUGAAGAGCAUGUCUAAAAAGUCCAUCAAGGCCCAAGAAGAAAGCAGCAAGUUGGCAGCUGAAGCAGUUUCCAAUCUCAGAACAGUAACGGCCUUCUCCUCCCAGGGCCGAAUUCUCCAAAUGCUCAAGAAAGCCCAAGAAGGCCCACAAAGAGAAAGUAUACGCCAGUCGUGGUAUGCUGGAAUUGGGCUUGGCACUUCCAACAGUCUCAUGACAUGUACCUGGGCUCUUGAUUUCUGGUAUGGUGGCAAACUCAUGGCAGAAGGUUACAUUGGAGCAAAGGCACUCUUCCAGACUUUCAUGAUUUUAGUUAGCACUGGGCGUGUCAUUGCGGAUGCUGGAACCAUGACUAAUGAUCUAGCAAAGGGUGCAGAUGCUGUUGGGUCAGUCUUUGCAGUGCUGGAUCGAUAUUCAUUAAUCGAGCCAGAGGAAUCAGAUGGUUACAAGCCCAAGAAAAUAACGGGCAACGUCGAGCUGUGCGAUGUGGAUUUCUCAUACCCUGCUAGGCCCAACGUGAUAAUCUUCAAGGGGUUUUCAAUAAAAAUUGAAGCAGGAAAAUCAACAGCAUUGGUAGGACAAAGUGGAUCAGGAAAAUCCACCAUAGUUGGUCUUAUUGAAAGAUUCUAUGAUCCCUCAAGUGGUGUAGUGAAAAUAGACGGCCGUGACAUAAGAUCAUACCACUUGAGAUCAUUGAGGAAACACAUUGCACUUGUAAGCCAAGAACCAACACUAUUUGCAGGAACCAUAAGGCAAAACAUAGCCUAUGGAGCAUCAGAAGAAGUGGACGAAUCAGAAAUAAUUGAGGCUGCAAAGGCAGCAAACGCACACGAUUUCAUCUCAGCAUUAAAAGACGGAUAUGAAACUUGGUGCGGGGACAGGGGACUCCAGUUGUCAGGAGGACAAAAACAGCGAAUUGCGAUAGCACGUGCAAUAUUGAAAAAUCCGGGGGUGCUAUUAUUGGACGAAGCAACAAGUGCAUUGGACAGUCAAUCCGAGAAAGUAGUACAAGAUGCACUUGAGCGAGUGAUGGUUGGGCGAACAAGUGUUGUGGUGGCACACAGGCUAAGUACUAUACAGAAUUGUGACACAAUUGCUGUAUUGGACAAAGGCAAGAUUGUGGAGAAAGGGACUCACUCUUCCUUGCUAGCUAAAGGGCCGAGUGGAGUUUACCACUCUCUCGUUAACCUUCAAAGAAGGCCAAACUCUAGCAACACCUUCAUUAGUUAAUCAUCAUCAAAUGAAAUGGGUUGAUAUUCCCAAAUAAUCUUGAAACUCCACAACCUCUUUCUUGUUUCUUGUUUUCCUUUUUCUUCCCCAAAGAACUCUUUGGGAGAUUUGCUUGGCUGCUUGGAAGCCUGUCUCGCUUUAAAUGUAUAGAUAUUUUUAUAUUUAGCAAUACAUUUAACUUUACUGCUGGUUACUUCCAAUCA